AUGUCCUUCGCUACAUACCCCGACCUUAAGGACAAGGUCGCCCUCGUCAUGGGCGUCGGCCAGACUCGCAUCCCCGGCUCAGACACCUGGGGCAACGGCGCUGCCAUGGCACGACUCCUCGCCUACAGCGGCGCAAAGAUUGUCGGAUGCGACCUCUCACUACCAGCGGCAGAGUACACCGCGAGUCGAAUCCGAGAGGAGGGCGGGGUCUGCGAUGUCAUGCAGGCAGACGUCACCUCGUCCAGCGACGUGCAGAAGGUCGCCGACGCUGUCGUGGCGCAGUACGGGCGAAUCGAUAUCCUGAUUAACAAUGUCGGGGCCACUGCCACGGGCGAUCCGGCGACGAUGCCUGAGGAGCUCUGGGAGAAGCAGCUGCAGAUUAACCUUACGAGUGUCUACCUGGCUUGCCAUGUUGUGCUGCCGAUUAUGGAGAAGCAGGGAUCCGGGGUUGUCAUUAACAAUGCGUCCAUCGCGGGCUUGCGGUAUAUUGGAAAGCCGCAGGUUGCGUAUUCGUCUGCAAAGGCUGCUGUGAUUCACUUUACAAAGGUCACUGCGGUCAUGUAUGCGCCCAAGGGCGUGCGGUUGAACUCGAUCGCCCCGGGGCUCAUGUACACGCCGCUGGUCGAGAGCCUGAAGACGAGCGGCCAAGAGGAGGCUUAUAACAAGAUCAUGCAACAGCCCAUUCCGCUGGGGAGAAUGGGCGACGCCAUUGAUGUUGCCAAUGCGACUGCAUUCCUGGCCAGCGAUGCGGCCAAGUAUAUUACGGGGCACAACUUGGUCAUAGAUGGGGGCUUUACCAGCAGUGCUGUGUCGGUGUUAUAA